AUGUAUCGAAAAAUGCUGAAGUGUUCAAUAAGGAAAAUCAUUGCAAACCCCGUAAAAUUUUACCACAAUAAGUCCGAUUGCCAUGUGACAGUACCUCAGGGAAAGAUGAGAGGUAAAGUGUGCACUACUCCGUGUGGUAAACAGUACUAUAGCUUCGAGGGGAUACCCUACGCUAAGCCACCUUUGGGGCCCCUCAGAUUCAGGGAUCCUCAGAAAUUUGAUAACUGGUGUGGAGUACUUGACGCAACGAAACCUGGAAAUAAACCCUUGCAAAUAAAUCCCUUUAACCAAUCUAUAGAAGGUUCAGAAGACUGCUUAUAUUUAAAUGUGUACACUCCAAUAUUUCCUGAUGAACAACAACAAAGUCUUCCAGUACUAUUCUUCGUAUAUGGCGGUAAUUUACAGUGGGGAUGCGGCCACAUAUAUCGUCCAGAUUACUUAAUACGUCAAGACGUCAUUCUAGUCACAAUUAACUACCGUCACAAUAUUUUUGGAUUUCUUAAUCUUGAAACACCAGAAGUGCCCGGUAAUGCCGGACUGAAAGAUGCAGCUACAGCCCUUAAGUGGGUGAAACAAAACAUAGAACAUUUUAAUGGUGAUUCAAACAAUAUUACAGGAAUGGGAGAAAGUGUGGGCGCAAUUAUAACUACAUUAAUGUUGAUUUCAAAGAUGACUCAAGGUAUAUUAAAAAGAAUAAUUGGCUUAUCAACAGCUGUAUCUGAUGUAAUGAUAGGCUAUGAUCAUCUGAAAAUAGCAAGGGAUAUUGCUUCAAAUUUAGGAAAUAACAUCAAUAGUUCUGAAGAAAUAGAUAAUUUGCUUCGAAACUCUUCUGCUGAAGAUUUGAUUAAGGCUUUGAUGAAAACAGCUUCUCGUGCAAAUAAAAAUGGCGUACACAGCUUUAUACGGCCAGCAGUUGAAAAGGAAUACGAUAAUGUCGAACCAUUUCUGGAUGAGUAUCCUCUACAGUCGUUAAGAACUAAUAAUUAUUCUAAAGUUCCAGCUCUUAUGAGUGUGGCAACCCACGAAUCGGCUUACUUUAUAACUCCUCCGUCAGGACAAAUUAAAUUUAACAAAGAUAUAUUGAAAUUCGUACCGAGUCCUGCAUUAGAAGAUAAGGAUGCUGUGCAAUUAAUGGAUAUGGAGAAACAACUAAAAGAAUUGUACUUUCAAGAUAAAGAAAUUGGUCCUUCAACACUAGUCCAAUACUUAGAUUUCGUUUCAGAUUUGUUUGUUACCAGAGACGUAAUCUACACAGCAGACUUAUUUUCUAGAAACGACGAUUUCUAUUUCUGUAGAUUUGCAUACGAAAAUUCGCGUGUUAUGAAACGUUUAGGAGUAAAAGGCUCUACACACAGCGAUAUAUUACAAUUUCUAUUUUACACAGAGAAAAGAAGAAACACUUUUAGUGAACAAGAUAUGAAACUUGUUGAUAUGUUGACUGAGGCGUUGUGUAACUUCGCAAAAAACGGGAAACCAACUUGGACGGGACAAGAAAUAUCGUGGCCAUACUAUAAGAAAGGUGAAAGAAAAUGUUUAAAUAUUGAUGACAGAAUAAGCCGUGUGCCAUUACCUGAACAUGAUAGGUAUACAAAACUAAUUAAUAUACUUAACCAGAAGCCGAAGAUACGACAAAGCUAA